AUGGAUAAGAUUAUUAUGAAUUACUAUAUGGAUGUUUCUGUAGCAGGAGCGAUUCUAGAAAGUCGCGAAGAACCAUUAAGUGAAUGCAAAACGUGGUCUAAGACUCAAAUAGGGGCAUACCGCAAGCUGAUGAUUGAAUAUCAGUCUUCAUUUGUUUCUUCCUUGCGGCAGAGCUUUCUUUAUCAACUUUCAGCUCUUCCUUGUAUUAAAGGCACCUUGUUCCAAAUCCACGAAGUAUUCAACUUUUUGGCCAAGGUUCUUAUGAUGAGCGAGGUGGAAAUAGUUCUUUGGUCAAUGAUCAUUGAAAAUAUGCAAAAAGAAAAACUUUUGGCCAACCCUUUUUUGAUGAUUGCCAUAGCAGGGUUAAAAUCCAAAAUUAGUUUGAAUGAUGAGUAUGAGCCAUUUUCAUACUUGCUUAAUAGUUUCAUCCCAAAUUUUGCGGCCAGCUUCAGGUUCUAUCUGAAUAUUGUUUCAGACGAUUCAGAAGUAUCAAUACAAGAGCUGAAUAGGCGCUACAAUGAAAUGGCAAAUAAAAGCUUGCAAAACGGAACUGUUGACUAUGAGAGGUUGGUGGACCACCUCAUGCCUGAGCCAAAAAACAAAGAAAAAUAUUCACCUGAUAGGGUCGAAUCUUUUUCUGAUAGAGACUUAAUUCUUGAUGAAGAAUUAGACAGUAUAAAAUUUCUUAAUGAAAUUGACUUUCAAGCGGUAAUGACGGAGUUUUAA